UUGCAUGCUCUAGUCGUAAAUUGUAGUCGUUUACUAGAGAUAAAAAUAUUAGAGAAAGGAAGACGUAAAAUUAGAAGGUUAGUUAGUGCAAUAACCCUUAAAACAUGUUACGUAAAGUUUAAUAUCGUUUGUUUACAGAGCGAGCAAACGUCGCCGUUCCGGCGCUGGACGACCGGCAGCGGCGCCGGCAGCUCUUACCGCCAGCACGACCAUCGCAACAUUUACAGUAAGCAAAUGAGCGAGGGUGGGAGUGGUGUGAACGGAGCGAGCGGAGGGGUGGCGCGCUGGUCGCUGGGGCUCGAGCAGUUGUUGGCGGACCCCGCCGGCGCCGCCGCCUUCGCGCAUUUCCUCGCCAAGGAGUUCGCCGCAGAAAAUAUUCGGUUCUGGUGGUCGUGCGAGCAGUACGCGCGCAGCUCGGGCGCGGCGCGCGAGGCGCUGGCGGCGGAGGUGUGGGCGCGCCACCUGUGCGACGGCGCGCCCGAGCCCGUCAACGUGGACGCGGCCGCGCGCCGCGCCGCCGCCGCGCGCCUGCAGCACCGCCCGCUGCCCGACGACCUGUUCCUGCAGGCACAGAAGCAGAUCUUCAACGUGAUGAAGUUCGACAGCUACCCGCGCUUCCUGCGCUCGGCCGUGCACGCCGAGUGCGCGCGCGCCGACCUGCGCGGCCUGCCGCCGCCCUACGCGCCCGCCGCGCCCGCCGCGCCCGCCGCACCCCCCGCCGCAGGGGAUGCCACGCCCACCAAGCUCAAGAAGUCGGCAUCGAACGCGUCGGAGAGACGCAGAAGCGGCGGAGCAUCUUUGCUCCCGUGGAAGUUACGUGGCGCCUCACGAGAACGCGCCGCCUCGCAGACCGACCGAUCUGAACGAUCCGACAAAUCAGAUCGGAACGAGAGGACCGAACCGCCACCACUCGCUGACGUGGUGAAAGCUGGCACUCUAGGUGCAAAUGCAUUAUGUCGGGUAGUGCUACCAGAUGGUGCCACAUCCGUAGUGGGCGUUGAAGAAGGAGUGCCAGUGAGGCGGCUAGUCGAUAGGUUGCUGCAACGUCGAAAUUUACCCGUGCUCUCUUAUGAUGUUCUGCUUCGUGAUGACGAGGGGUCGUGGCGAGCCAUCGAGGUGGGCGCGUCGUCGCUGGCGCUGGCCGGGCGCGAGGCGCGCGUGGAGCGGCGCGUGGUGCUGCGGCUGGCCGUGGGCGGGCGCCUGCUGGCCGUGCGCUGCCGCGCCGCGCGCCCGCUGCGCCACGUGCUGCGCCCCGUGCUGCGCCGCCGCGCGCCCGCCGCCGUGCUGCGCGCCGGCCGCCCGCUGCACCCCGACACGCCCGCGCACGAGUUGGAUGGAGCUCUACUGGAAAUCGUGGAAUUGUGUGAUGGUGCAGAGGCAGUGGAGGUCAGAGACCGAGAUGAUGACGCAGACUCCCUUUCCGACCUCGCCGUGAGACUGCAAGAUGACAGCGAACAGCUGAGCAUAUCGAGUCGAAACCGUAGCGAGUGUGGGAGUGUGACGGGGGUCGGCAGCAGUGUGGGGGCAGGGGGUCCCGCGCUGGCGUGCGGCACGGGCAGCAGCAGCAGCGUGAGCACGGCCAGCAGCGGGAGCGUGGCGGGCGGCGCGGGGGGUGCGGCGGCGGCGGGGGGCGAUGGCGGUGCGGGGGGCGCCGGGGGCAGAGUGCGUGCGGCGCUGCGCGCGGGCCCGCCGCUGCACCACCACCCGCCAGAGUUCCUCGAAAACCUGCGCGAGAAGCAGCGCCAGCGCCACGCGCCGCGCACGCCGCCGCCGCUGCCGCCCAAGCCCGCGCCGCGCGCCGCGCCCACGCUCGUCUGA